GCUUCAUAAAAACCAACCAUUCCAACAUUUCUACGGGCCAAAAUAUUUCAACAACCAAAGACUUGGAAAACUAAGGAGCAAUGGAGGAUAGGAGGGUUUUAGUUGUAGCGUCUCCCGAGUUAGCAGCCUUUGGUUAUGAUGGAGUUGGCUCAUUUGCAAGUGUGCAGGAUGCUGUGGAUGCUGUGCCACUGAACAACCAAGUUCGCACUAUCAUCAGGAUUGCACCUGGUUUGCACCAGCAACCAGUGCACAUUCCCAGGACCAAGAGCUUCAUCACCUUCCGUGGAUCAGAAAUAAAGGACACUGUGAUCUGUUGGGAUAACAUGGCUACUCGCAUCAAGCAUACCCAGUCAUCAAAAGUGAUUGGUACAGGAACAUUUAGCAGUGCAACAGUUAUUGUGGAGGGGGAUGAUUUCAUUGCAGAGAAUGUCAUUUUUAAGAACUCAGCUCCCCAGGUGUCUGGGCAAGCAGCAGCAGUCUGUGUGACAGCAGAUAGGUGUGCCUUCUACAAUUGCCGAUUCCUGGGGUGGCAAGAAACUUUGCAUUUGCAUGGUGGAAAUCAGUUCUUCAAAAACUGUUACAUUGAAGGUAACUAUGACUUUAUCUUCGGGGAUUCUAGUGCCCUUCUGGAGCAUUGCCAUAUCCACUGCAAAUCAACAGGAUAUAUUACUGCUCAUGGCCGGAAAUCCUCUUCAGAAUCAACUGGAUUUGUAUUCUUCAAGUGUGUUAUUACUGGUAAUGGGGAAGCUGCGUACAUGUACCUAGGUCGGCCCUGGGAGCCCUUCGGAAGGGUUGUUUUUGCAGAGACUUUUAUGGAUCACUGCAUAGAGCCUGCUGGGUGGCAUAAUGGGGACAAACCUGAGAAUGAACGAACUGCUUGCUUCUGUGAGUACAGGUGCUCCGGUCCAGGAUCCAGCAUGUCAGAACGGGUAGCUUGGUGCAAAGAAUUGAUUGGUGAUGAAGCUAUACCGUUCCUAGUAAAAACUUUCAUCGAUCCAGAUGUCCAGAAUCCAUGGUUGCUCCACAGGUUGGGAACAAAACUCCCAGUUUCAACGGCUUCACCGUAGGACAUUAUUAUGCCCACUUAAGCGUCUUCACCUAGUAGAUGAAUAAAUUCGGAGGAUGUAACAAGAGCUGAGCAGUUAGUACUGGAAUCAUGUUUAGAGUUCGGACAUACUGUCUUUGUUAGCAAUUGCUUAGUGGCUGCUGUGAAAUAUGAACUACAUGCUGUUCAAGGACUGAUGGAUCAUACAAACUACAGUAUCACAUGGAAUGGAACCAAACCAACUUCUUUCA